GUUCUAUGGCAGAGGCUUCUUAUGCGCAUAAACCCUUGUCCCAAUGACGUCAAGUUCGCCCAUUGGCUUGGAAGGUUCAGACUUAUCUUCCAUCAACACCAUGAUGUCAGCAGUAAUGAGUGUAGGGAAGAUCGCCGAGAAUGGCGGAAGCUCCCAGGGCGUCAAGUCCCCCACAAAGCCUCCAGGACCAAAUCGGAUUGGCAGAAGGAACCAGGAAACAAAAGAGGAAAAGUCUUCCUAUAACUGUCCCCUGUGUGAAAAGAUUUGCACUACACAGCACCAGCUAACUAUGCACAUUCGUCAGCACAAUACAGACACUGGAGGAGCCGACCAUUCUUGUAGCAUCUGCGGGAAGUCGCUGAGCUCGGCCAGCUCCCUGGACCGACACAUGCUGGUGCACUCUGGCGAACGGCCGUAUAAGUGUACCGUGUGUGGCCAGUCCUUCACCACGAAUGGAAACAUGCACAGACAUAUGAAGAUUCAUGAGAAGGACCCCAGUGGUGCCACAGCUACAGCCCCUCCAUCCCCACUGAAGCGUAGGCGCCUGGCCUCCAAGAGAAAACUGAGUCACGAUGCUGAGUCUGAGAAAGAAGACCCUGCACCUGCUAAGAAGAUGGUAGAAGAUGGGCAGUUAGGUGACCUGGAGAAAAAGGCUGAUGAAGUUUUUCACUGCCCAGUGUGUUUCAAGGAGUUUGUUUGCAAGUAUGGGCUAGAGACCCACAUGGAGACCCAUUCAGAUAAUCCCCUAAGAUGUGACAUUUGCUGUGUCACCUUUCGAACACAUCGAGGAUUGCUACGCCACAACGCACUUGUCCACAAACAGCUUCCGAGAGAUGCGAUGGGGAGGCCAUUCAUACAGAACAACCCUUUAAUUCCUGCUGGCUUCCAUGACUUGGGAUUCACUGACUUCUCCUGUAGAAAGUUCCCCCGAAUUUCUCAGGCCUGGUGUGAAGCAAACCUGCGGCGGUGCAUCAGCGAGCAGCACCGCUUUGUCUGCGAGACCUGCGACAAGGCAUUCCCCAUGCCCCUCUCACUCGCCCUGCAUCGGCAGACCCACAGCACCGGGGACCCGGGGCAGGAGAAACCACAGACCAAGCCCCUGGGUGAGGACACACUCGACCAGAAGGUCUUCCUGGCCUUGCUGGGCCUGCAGCACACCAAAGACAUGAAGCCCACCCUCGCCGAGGAGCCACCGCCAGACGACAACCAAGCCAUCCAGCUUGAGACACUCAGGUGCCAGCUACCUCAGGAGCCCGCCUGCACCAGCCUGCUGAGUCUAUCCCCCUUUGAGGCCACCUCCCUUGGAGGCCAGCUAGCUGUCCUCCCAGCUACCAAGGAGAGCAUGAAGCAUCUGUCUCUGCAGCCCUUCCAGAAGGGUUUCAUCAUCCAGCCGGACAGCAGUAUUGUGGUCAAACCCAUCUCCAGUGAGUCAGCCAUCGAGCUGGCCGACAUCCAACAGAUCCUGAAGAUGGCCUCCUCAGCGCCCCCCCAGAUCAGUCUUCCACCCCUCUCCAAGGCCCCAGCCACCCCCAUGCAGGCCAUCUUCAAGCACAUGCCCCCACUGAAGCCAAAGCCCCUGGUUACACCGCGCACAGUGGUGGCCACCUCUACACCUCCACCCCUUGUCAACGCCCAGCAGGCCUCCCCUGGCUGCAUCAGCCCCAGCCUGCCCCCUCCGCCACUCAAGCUGCUUAAGGGCUCAGUGGAGGCCGCCUCCAAUGUCCACCUGCUGCAAUCCAAGUCUGGGGCCCAGCCCAACGCCUCCACCCAGCUCUUCCUGCAGCCUCGGGUAGAGCUGCCAGGCCAGCCUGAGAUUAAGGCACAGCUGGAGCAGGACAGCAUCAUUGAGGCAUUGUUGCCCCUGAACAUGGAGGCCAAGAUCAAGCAAGAGAUCACAGAAGGCGACCUCAAGGCCCUCAUGGCAGGGCCCGCCAGCAAGAAGGCACCCACCAUGCGCAAGGUCCUAUACCCCUGCCGCUUCUGUAACCAGGUGUUUGCCUUCUCAGGAGUGCUGCGCGCCCACGUGCGGUCGCACCUGGGCAUCUCACCCUACCAGUGCAACAUCUGUGACUACAUUGCUGCCGACAAGGCUGCCCUCAUCCGCCACCUACGCACACACAGUGGGGAGCGGCCCUACAUCUGCAAGAUUUGCCACUACCCCUUCACUGUUAAGGCCAAUUGUGAGCGGCACCUACGCAAGAAGCACCUCAAGGCCACCCGCAAGGACAUUGAGAAGAACAUUGAAUAUGUGACCAGCAGUGCCGCGGAGAUGGUCGACGCCUUCUGUGCCCCAGACACGGUGUGCCGGCUUUGUGGUGAGGACCUGAAGCACUACCGGGCGCUGCGCAUACACAUGCGAACGCACUGUGGCCGUGGCCUGGGUGGCUGCCAGAAGGGUCGCAAACCAUUUGAGUGCAAGGAGUGCAAUUCAGCCUUCGCAGCCAAGCGCAACUGCAUCCACCACAUCCUUAAGCAGCACCUGCACGUGCCAGAGCAUGAGAUCGAGAACUAUGUCCUGGCCUCAGAUGGCAGUGGGGGUCCUGCUGACGGGCCAGCUGCAGAAGCUGCCAGCAUGGUGGAGGACAGCAGCUGUGGUGACUUUGCAGACCGCAAGCCCAUUGCAGCCUUCUUGGAGCCCCAGAAUGGCUUCCUACAUGGGGGUCCUACCCCAGCCCCUCAUGUCUCUGUCAAGCUGGAGCCUGCCAGUGGCUUUGCAGUGGACUUCAACGAGCCCCUUGACUUCUCCCAGAAGGGCCUGACCCUGGUCCACGUAAAACAGGAAAGCACUGCCUCCUUUCUGAGCCCCUCCUCCCUCACCCCCUACGACUGCUCCAUGGAGCCCAUUGAUCUCUCCAUCCCCAAGAACCCAAGGAAAGGAGACAGGGACACACCUGGUCCCAGCGAGGCCAGAAGGACCGAACAGGAGACCCAAGAAGGCGAGCAGCCCCCAGUCUGUCCACCCCCGUGCCCCACUCUGUCAGGGGCAUUUGGGCCCAGUGAGGGCCUGGACAAGCCUGCAGCCCCAGGACUGGCCACCUCAACAGCAACCCCCCGGGAGCCCCACGCUCAGGCCCUGCAGGCUCCUGUGCAGCUCGCGGUCCCCAUCUACUCUUCAGCCCUCAUGAACAGCUCGCCCCUCCUGGCCAACCCCACCCUCCUCAGCAACUCGGCCCUCAUCAGUGGGUCAGCCCUGCUGCGGCCACUGCGCCCCAAGCCACCCCUGCUCUUGCCAAAGCCCCCUGUGACUGAUGAGCUGCCCCCACUGGCCUCCAUCGCCCAGAUCAUCUCUUCUGUGUCCUCAGCCCCCACCCUGCUGAAGACCAAGGUGGCUGAGCCAGGGCCCACCAGCACCAGCAGUGGCCCCAUGGUCCCCGACACUAUGGGAGGUGCCAUACCCAAAGCUACACCCACCCCUGCUGACACCAUAACCCCGCAAGAAUCUGAGAACCCACCCCCUGCAGCCACCAGCCCUGAGGCCAUCUCUCCCACCGAGCAAGGGCUGGCUGGCACUGCCAAGAAGAGGGGCCGAAAGAAAGGGGUGAGGAACCGGUCCAAGGUCAACAGUGGUGGCGUGGACCUAGACUCGAGUGGGGAGUUCGCCAGUAUUGAGAAGAUGCUGGCCACCACUGACACCAACAAGUUCAGUCCGUUCCUGCAGAGUGCGGAGGAUGACGGGCAGGAGGAGGUAUCUGCAGCCCCGGCUGAUCCCCAUGGGCCCAGUGAUGAGGAGCAGGCCAGCCCCCCAGAAGACAAGGGGCUAAGGUCCAGACGGAACUCCUACGCCAACUGCCUGCAGAAGAUCAGCUGCCCCCACUGUCCCCGGGUUUUCCCGUGGGCCAGCUCCCUGCAGAGGCAUAUGCUCACGCACACCGGUCAGAAGCCCUUCCCUUGUCAAAAAUGCGAUGCCUUCUUUUCUACCAAAUCUAACUGUGAACGCCACCAGUUGCGCAAACAUGGAGUUACCAACUGUUCCCUGAGAAGAAACGGGCUUUUCCCCCAGUCCAAAGAGAGAGAUGUUGGAGCUCAUGAUAGUACAGAUAGCCAGUCAGACGCCGAGACGUCGACAGCAGGAAAUGAGGUGCUAGACCUGACCUCACGGGAGAAGGAGCAGCGGGCACCAGAAGAGGCCCCUGAGCCUGGCCGGCUUGAAGCAGGAGCCCCUUCACAGGAGGACAGGGGAGGGGCAGCCUCCCCUGCAAGUGGCGAAGAGAAGGGAGAGGAGGAGGAUGGGGAGCGAGAGGAGGAGACACAUGCUGGGGAGGAGAGGGAUGAGGACGCCGAGGGCCUGGAGGAGGACGCCGUCAGCAACAAAAGCCUUGACCUCAACUUUGCCAGCAAGCUGAUGGACUUCAAGCUGGCUGAGGGCACCACAGGUGGCAGGGGCUCUCCCCAGCAGGAACUGAAGCACGCCUGUGAUGUCUGUGGAAAAAAUUUCAAGUUCCUGGGGACCCUGAGCCGCCACAAGAAGGCCCACAGCCGCGAGGAGCAGAAGGAGGAGGGCAGGCGUGGAGGAACUGAGGGACCACCACCCACCCCUGCAACCAGCCCUACCCCUGAGCCAGAGGAGGCACCUGCAGGCCUCCCAGCUGUGGAACCUGAGGCCGGGGAGGCCCUGGCAGAGAAGCCUCAGGAGGACGGGGAGGGUGUCUCCGAGGGGGAGGGCACAGCUGAAAAGAAGGCCUCAGAGAAGAGUGAUGAUGACAAGAAGCCAAAGACAGACUCCCCCAAGAGUGUGGCCAGCAAGGCCGACAAGAGGAAGAAGGUGUGCAGCGUGUGUAAUAAGAGGUUCUGGUCUCUGCAGGACCUAACUCGGCACAUGAGAUCACACACAGGGGAAAGGCCGUACAAAUGCCAGACCUGUGAGCGCACCUUCACACUGAAGCACAGCCUGGUCCGCCAUCAGCGCAUCCACCAGAAAGCCCGGCACCAUGGGAAGGAUGGCGACCAGGAUGAGAAGGCUGAGGAGGACAGUGAGGACGAGUCCACUCACAGUGGCAACAACCCCAUCUCAGAGAGUGAGGCAGAGCCCAUGCUGACCACCAGCAACCACAUGGCUGUCACGCGGAGCCGCAAGGAGAGCUUAGCCAAUGCGGCCAAGGAAGCCAGUCGCAAGGAAGAGAAGGCAGCAGGUCGGACGGCUGCUAUCUGCCAGGCUGACUCCAGCAAGAAGGGCCCGGCGGCUGCGGUGCAGGACCUGCUGGAGCUGCCCAGCAGAAGGCCAGCCCAGCCCAUCCUGGCCGCCGCUGAGGGCUCUGCUCAGCUUCUGGGCAUGGAAUGA